AUGCGUAUCCAACUUGAUCAUUAUCAGUGUAUCCAAAUUGAUCAUCAUCAGUAUUACAAUGAUACAGUUCUGAGCAAGUGCGUCUCAUACGCUCUUGACCACUGCGUUCGAGAGCUGGCUUUUAGUUUACCGUUAUAUCGAACACAGAUCCUAUUUCUACCACCCAACGUGUACACCUCCAAAACCCUAGUGACAUUGACUCUAGCAGGCAUCAUCAUCGAUGUUCCUUCCCUACUUUGCCUACCUUCGCUUCAGACGCUUGUCCUAAUCUUUGUGGUGUAUAAAGAUCAAAACUCUCAUGUUAGGCUUCUAGCGAAUUGCCCUUCUCUCAAAAAUUUGGAUGUGGAACGAGACAGCAGUGACAAUGUGACAAGGUUCAAUGUGAAAGUUCCUUCUUUAAAGAGUUUUACAUACUUACGAAAUCACAUAGGAGGUGCUGGUACCUCGUCAUUGGGUUUAGACUCCCCUGGGUUACGGCACCUUAAUUUCUUUGAUCCGUUUGGAGACUUAGGCUCCAUCCAGAAUAUGCCUCACCUUGACAUUGCUGAUGUCUCUCAAAUUGUUCCUCACCUGAAUAACGACAAGUUGCAUGUUUUAGCGCUAAUUAAGUUUAAGCUGGAUCUUAGGUGCUUCGAGUCAGAUUUAAAGUAUUCAUUGGAACCACUUAUGCUUUUCUUUCAUAACUCUCCUAUACUAAAGGUUCUUACGAUCAGCUAUGAUGUGGCUCUCUUGGCUGCAAGGAUCUCCCACUUUCGUGGAACCAACAAAGUUCUGUACCGGGAUGCUUGUUUUCCCAUCUUGAGAUCUUUGUGUGGGAAAGGAUUGGAGGAAGAAGAAGACAAGAGAGAGAGAAUGUGUGGCGUACAUACUCAAAAUGUUUAA